CGGCUGGCAGCGGGGGCAGCCCCCCGUGAGGAGGGGCACGGGCACAGCCGGGACCGUGGGCACCGAGCCCCGCAGCCGCCCCGCCAUGACGAGCCUCUUCCGCCGGAGCAGCAGCAACGGCGGCUCCCGUGGCGGCUCCUCCGCCCAGGAGCUCAACAACAGCCGCCCCGCCAGGCAGGUGAGGCGCCUGGAGUUCAACCAGGCCAUGGAGGACUUCAAGACCAUGUUCCCCAACAUGGACUACGACAUCAUCGAGUGCGUCUUGAGAGCCAACAACGGCGCCGUGGACGCCACCAUCGACCAGCUCCUGCAGAUGAACCUGGACGGCAGCGGCUGCGACGACAGCUCGGACUCGGAGGACAGCAUCCCCCCCGAGAUCUUGGAGCGGACCCUGGAGCCGGACAGCUCGGACGAGGAGCCCCCUCCUGUGUACUCCCCUCCUGCCUACGAGAGCCAGGCCUUGGGCAGCCGCUACCCCCGCGCCCCACCCACGCCCCCGCCCAGGACGGACGUGCCCAGCAGCACCGUGCACUACAGGAACUGGAACCCGCCGCUGCUGGGCAACCUCCCCGAGGACUUCCUGCGCAUCCUGCCCCAGCAGGCUGCCCCAGCUGGCACACAGGGCUCCCCCCGCUGCCGGCAGCCCGUGCCCCGGGGGCUGGGGCCGCGGGGCUCCCUGGAGCAGGAGCGGCGCUGGAAGCAGUACCUGGAGGACGAGCGAAUCGCGCUCUUCCUGCAGAACGAAGAGUUCAUGAAGGAGCUCCAGAGGAACCGGGAUUUCCUUCUCGCCCUGGAGAGAGAUCGAUUGAAAUAUGAGUCAAAAAAAUCCAAGUCGACUGGUGUUGCUGUCAGCAACGACUUUGGUUUCUCCUCCGUAUUAUCAGGUGAGGGAGCUCCCUCUGGAGCCAGCGAGGCCGGCGGGGCCGUGUCCGACGAUGCCUUAUUCCGAGACAAGCUCAAGCACAUGGGGAAAUCCACGCGCAAGAAGCUGUUUGAACUCGCCAGAGCCUUCUCUGAGAAGACGAAGAUGAGGAAAUCAAAAAGAAAACACUUGUUGAAGCACCAGGUGAUGGGGACAGCAGCUUCCACAGCAAAUCUUCUGGAUGACGUGGAAGGACAUGCAUAUGAUGAAGAGUUCCAAGCACGGCGGCAGCAGCUCCGGGAGGAGGAGGAGACACCGAAGGAAGGGCAGUAAACGGUCCCAGCUCUGGGGUUUCUUGCUGGCACAGGACGUGCCUGAGGCUUCAUCAGGAGAUGGCUGAGAAAGGAAAAACCCACCCAACAAACCACCCAGAUUUUGGCUGUUCCCCCUCUGCUGCUGUACUCUGAAGUACAAGUAUCGAAGUGAGGCACAAUGUUUUCUUACCAGUGGUUUGUAAACAACUUUUCCUAUCGAGAAAAUCAGCCAAAAAGGAAAAAAAAAAAGGAAAAAACAAGCGGGCAGCUGGUGCGAGCGGCUGCGGAGGAGCCAGCGAGCUCAGGCUGGGGAGGGGCAGCUCCGCCCGCUCCCUCGGCCGGCGGCACGGGAGCAAUGAAAUCAGUUCUACUAACGAGGAUCCGAUCCCACGUGGGCUCUGCCUGGCCGGAGCGCUCCUGAACAUAUCUGUAGUGGUCUGAUGUAACUGCACUCUGCGCACACCGGAACAAAAACCACGUGAGAAAGGGAAGCUAACAGCCGUUGUCUAUUAUUGCUAGGAGUAAUGAGCAGAGAUUCACAUCAGGUAAUAGUCAAAUAAUAUAAAUUGUUUAUAAAGGAAAGGCCUUCUUUUCCUAGGCGUUUCACUUUGAAUUAAACCUUUGCCUUCGGCAUUGCUACAACUGCCUUGAAGUUGGGGAGCUUUGUGGGGCAGCACCAAGGGCUGGAUUUCACAGCAGUUUAACCCUCACUGAUGGAGCAGAACACGUCCCACGGGCUGUGGGGUGCUGGGGGUGCCUGGUGUGGUCCCUGGGAGCUCCAGGCAUGCCCCCGCUGUAGGUGAGAGGCAGAGCCCAAGCCAGGGGCUGGCAGGGCUGGUGGAGGUGUUUCCAGCACAGAGCUUGUACCAGGGCCUGGGGGCACUGCUGGGUUUGGUGCGGGGCAGGAGCAGAGCCCCUUCCUCGUGCCCACAGUGCCGGAAUCCUGCAGCUCUCAGAGAUGCUGUCAGGCUAAAAAUAAUUACAUAAACAAAUUCCUUCGCUGUGUAAGUAAUGAGUGACGAGCGUAGUCAGGAUUCGCUCCCGCCAGCACAUUUUCUUCUCCUUUAUCGGCACAACGCUCCCUGCCAAAUGCAGGAGGUGGCUCUAGACGUGCCUGCUUCACUCCCUGGCUCCUGCCAACCAGCACAAAUGUUGCAGGAUUGGAGCUGUGAAGGCGGCAGACGCAGGAGCCCCAGCCAUCAAACACUCACGCAACUGUUUUCCCUGCCUCUCGGCAGGGUUUGGUAACAAAAGUCCCCCUUGCAGGCGCUGGCUCCCGGCAGGCUCCUCCUCAAUCCCCGCGGAGCCCGCCUGCCUUUGAAGUGGACGCCAAGAUUUCCUCCCCCGGCAGCGCUGCAGCUGCUGCACCUGUUGAGCGCUGCUGCCGUCCCCUCCAGCCGUGCUGGGGAUCAGGGCAUCCCCUGAGCUUCACUCCCCUGGUUCCAGGGCAGGGCUGAUUCCAGGUGUCUGGAGGAUGUCUCCGUAGCACAAAACUCUCCCGCAGCACCGGCGCUCAGACACGGGCUGGGGUGCCGAGGGCCAGGGCAGGUGCCGUGGGCUGGGAGCACCCUGGGAUGCCAGCCAGCUUUGGGCUCCUAAAAUCAAAGCAGCAGAAAUCCCACCCCACCCAGCCCAUACCAGUUUUGGUGUCCUCUCCUUUGUUCUGAAGGACUGUAGAGCAGUCCUGAGUCGCGGCAGCACGGUGACAGGUUAGGGCAGCCCAGGCCACGCUGGCUGUGCCACACCGUGGGCAGCAGCCCUGCUCCUGGUGGGGUGUACAGCUGCCAGGAGUGCUGCAAGGGCACAGGAUGCCCCAUCCUGCCCUGCCCUGCCCAGGGUAGGAGGUGGGUCUGGAGGAGCACCUGCCUCAGGGUGCAAGGGGCUAAGGGGGAAUCAGGGAAUGGAAAAUCCUUUAGUCCCUGGGUGGGAUUUCCAUUCUGAGAGAACUGAGGAGAAGGAGGGGCUCCUUCCCUGCCCUCGCUGGCCCUGGGGGCCCUGGGAAGCUGCCGUUCCUCCCUCCCAGCCCAAAGCAGCUCUGCAUAUUUGGAAGAAAGUCAAACUUGGAAGCGGAUCAGGCUGUCACCACUCCACGGCGGGCGGCGGUGCCAGCGCGGUUUCCAUGAGCGCAGGAAGCUCCACGGCCAGGAGGGGAAUUCUGGAAUUCUGCUCUCCCAGGCUGGGAGCUGCUGGCCCCAGGGCUGGGCUGGGCUGGUCCUGCCAAGGCUGCAGGGAUGCUGCGCUGCCCUGGGGAGGCUGGCACAGGGCCACAGGCCAGUGCACCGCUGGGACAGAGAGGGGACACUGUCCCUCCUCCCAGGCUGCUCGUUAAGGGACACCUGGGUCACCUGUGCCAGCCAGCUGUAUGCUGGUGGAGCAGCCCUGGGCCAGCAGCUGCCUCUGCUUUCUGCCUGAGCUCGUCCCCUCUGCCCCCACUGAGAGAGGGACAGCGAGGAAAGGUGGCCAGGGCUGGCAGCUGGGGAGGGGACAGCACGGGUGGGUGCCAGUGCCCAGCCCUGCUGGCUCUGACCCUGCUCCAUGGCCACCCAGGCCUGGCACAGGGCUCUGGGCACGGCUUGGCCACCAACAAGUCAUCCUUACACAUGCCAGGCCAGGCACAGCCUCUGGGUGAUGUCACUCUGCAGCCGUGUCCGAAUAUCCUGGAGGCACAAAGCAUCAUUUCAGGGGAGGUGGAGAGGGGUUUUUGUGUGCUGUAAAACACAAAAAUCAGGUCUAUGGAGUGGAAAGGCCACAAACCCAGCUUGGGAGCCAAAAUGCAUUUCUUACAUAAAAACGUACAAUUCUCAGUGAUGUUUGUAUCAUUUCUCUACAGAAAGGUUUCGACAGAACAAAACAAACUGAUCUGUGACGUUUGUGAGUGUGGCUAUUUUAGAAUUUAUCUCCAUAAGUGAUUUUUUUCUUAAAGAUGUUUAAUAGUAAUUCCUAUAAUAAAGUCCCGUUGUACUCUUAACGCUGUA